AUGGCUGGCACUUCAUCUCACUUCUCAACUCGCUCCACCACGCGAUGCCCGAUCUUGCCAAGCCUGACGGAGCAGAUGUCCCUGGCAAAUGGAAUUUCGAUUGGCGGACAGACUGGUAUGGCAACAGGGUUGCAGCGCGAUUUGCACUAUGGCUACUACUACUACCAAUGUGGCAUACUCGUACGAGCAUGCCUAGGCAAACACAAUGCUAUUUCCGCAUGCGGGAGAUGGGAGCUAGGCUGGCCUUCCGGCUCUCCGGUCUCUGCUUGCAGGGAAGAAAGAGGCAGGGCGUUUGAAGCAUGUAUACGAUCAACGCGCAAGAGUGCUCUAGCAACCUACACUUGGAGCAAAACAACCGUUUCAAAUUCUUGUAAAGCUCAUGUCAAAAGCAGCUUUAGAUACUGCCAAAUGCGACAAUGGCCUGACACGCCCCCGCUUCAGCUAUUUUAUUGCUAUAUGGGCAUGGAAUCCCCUUCCAGCCAUAUUCCUGGUAAAUCUGCAUCCCCUGUCGGACAGCAAGCGGCCUGGACACAUCGGGUUACAUCCUCUGCAACGCGCCCACUGCAGCCCAUCAAAGACAUCCCUUCUUGCAUCCGAAACUCCCUGCUCAUCUUCGUGGGGAGCCGCGUCUGUUCCGUACAAGGAUACCAGUUAGGAAGCGAUAGCUGUGACUACACAGCACUCUUCAACGCAACGGCCCGCCGAUCACCAUUACUCAUGCUGAAGUACACAUGA